GGAAACUACCCAAGCCUUUUGUACGGCUAGCAAGCCAAUAGCUAGCUGCCAUGUGUGCCUGUAUUAAGAUUGGCCAAUAAUGUGGCGGAAAUCUCAAUACAAGUAGCGGGAACUUCUUUGUGCUGUGCAUCACUAUAAUGCAAAAGAAAUGCACGAUGCAAAGAAGGCUACACAACUGGCAGGAAAAGCUCCUGCACGCGGGUUCUUAAUUGCAACAGAACGCUCCACCGUGCAAAAGAGCCGCAAUUUAGCGGGAACACAAUUUAGCGAUGCCGAAGCACACACAAACAAGAAAAUCACAACUUUGGGUUGUGACACUGUGCAGAGCAAUCACGAUGGCUCGGCCUGCCCGGCACCUUCGAGCACUGGCAGAGCCUAGAUGCGAGAUCUGGUGCUGGGGCCGGGAGCACAGCUGAGCCUGCAGGGGCACGGUGUGUUGGACAGCGAGGACCCGGGGAAGGGUCCUACAGAGAAGCAGCUCCGUGCAAGCCCCCAGUGUUGGGCCAGAAAGGGCUGAUGUGGCUGUAGGAAGGGGGAGAAAGGGUGACUGGUCCUUGUGCACAGUGGUGGGGAGAGACCUGGAGCAGCCACCCCCAGGCCUGGUGUCGGGGGUGUUGAGCAUGGGGAGAGGUGUGGAGUCUUGGCAAAGGCUUGACUGAGCCCAGUCAGUCCAGUUUAGCCGAGAGGCCGAGGCUGGUGACUAGCGUGUGAGUGCCUGGAGCUGGGAGCGGGAGCCAGACGGGCCAGCCAGGAACAAGGCACGAGCAGCUCUGGGGCCUGGGCGGAUCCUGUGGCCUGUGGAACCCAGGUGUGAGCUUGCAGGGGGGGCUUGAAGAGUGUCCCGCCAGUGCCAGGCAGGCCUCUGCACCCCAGCUGGGCUUGGCACCAGGCUCCCCUUGCUGCUGCGUGCCCCGGCUGUUUCCCUGCUUGCUCCCCCACCCUGGCUGCACCUUGGCAUUGGAGUGGGUUUAUGCCCACAUCCAUUGCACUGCCUGGCUGCGGGGGGAACGUGCCUGGCUGGCAUUCCCGUUGCAGUGCCGCGAUGCUCCUUGCUCUCCAGACAGGGGCCCCGAGUGCUGUGAGCAAGAUCCCAUCAUGUCUCGGACUCUGUUUACGCAGAGCUUUGGUAGGCGGCGCCGGGUGCGAGGCCGGAGCGCUGAGGGGAGCGGCUGGGUCUGAGCUGGGGAGUUGGACGCAGGAAGCUGAUGUCAGUAGCGGGGAGGCCUUUGGCAGUUCCAGGGCUUCGCAUUUUUCUGUAGCGCCAGGCUUGGCCCAAGCUGCCCUUGCUGUCUCUCCAGGGCCUCUGAAAGGUCAGGGGUGUGGGGAGGCAGCAGCUCAUGGCUGGGCGUAUAGCAGCAAACUGGUUUGACCAGAGUCGUGUGUGAAGCCUCCCAACGCCAGGGCUGCUAAUCUAGGAGCUGCAGCCAGUUGGUGGCCUGACUUGACCUUUGGAACAGGCCAGCGUGAGCUCAGAUGAGCCAUGUGCCGCGCUCUGCUGGGGGGACAGCCAGCGCCCAGCUCGGGACAGCCCGAUGGGGCAAAGGACCAGCGGUGGCUGAGGCUGCGAGCCCAGGGCCUGUGCUGCGCAGGCAGAGCCAACCCAAGCAGGGUGCGGGGCCUGAGGCAAAUCAGCCACGCGGGGCGCCGCCCCUGCUCCCAUCCCACGCGCCCCGCACCUGAAGAAGCUGCCAGCGGUGGCGGGGAGUAGUGAGUGGCUGCACACAAAGCCGGCGGUGGCGCGGAGUCACUGUGGCCGCUCUGCCCGGUUCUGCGGGGCUCCCCAAAGUGCAGGCCCCGGGUGGUUGCCCCUAUUCGCGUGCGUGCCCACCCCCAGGAUGGCCCUGUGUGCAGGCAUCUGUUCUAGGCAGUGACCUGGGGGCUCGGCUGAGCCAUUUUGGGGAGCGGUGGUGGUAGUGAUGGGGAGGGGUGUUCACCCUGCCUGGGUCCAGCCAGGCCAGUGUCCUGGUAACUGAGCCAGCAGAGCUCAGUCCUCUCUGCUGCCUGCAACUGGUUCCUGGUGCUGAAGGAGGGUCCCAUGCAGCUGCUGGGGGCCAGGGUGUUGUCCCAGGGAGCCUUCCCACAGCUCCCUCCACAGGCUGGGCACUGGAGGGGGAAAUGGGCUGUGCUGGGAAGAGCCCCCCAGCCUCCCAUGGCCCAGAGCAGCUGGGAGGUGGCACCACUGAGCUCCUGCCCUCCCCCAGGUGUAGCUCACGUGCGCAAAGAUGGCGGAGCAGGAGCCAACAGCGGAGCAGCUAGCCCAGAUCGCUGCGGAGAACGAGGAGGACGAGCACUCUGUUAACUACAAGCCACCUGCUCAGAAGAGCAUCCAGGAGAUCCAGGAGCUGGACAAGGAUGACGAGAGCCUGCGCAAGUACAAGGAGGCCCUGCUGGGCUCUGCCGUCACCAUCACUAUGGAUCCCACUGUCCCCAAUGUGGUGGUGACCAAACUGACACUGGUCUGUGCCAGUGCCCCUGGCCCUCUUGAGCUGGACCUGACAGCUGACCUGGAGAGCUACAAGAAGCAGUCAUUUGUGCUGAAGGAGGGUGUGGAGUACCGGAUAAAAAUCUCCUUCCGGGUGAACAAGGAGAUUGUGUCGGGGCUGAAGUACAUCCAGCACACGUUCAGGAAAGGGGUGAAAAUUGACAAGACUGAGUACAUGGUGGGCAGCUACGGUCCCCGUGGGGAGGAGUACGAGUUCCUCACCCCCAUGGAGGAGGCGCCCAAGGGCAUGCUGGCCCGGGGCAACUACAACAUCAAGUCCAAGUUCACAGACGAUGACAAGACUGACCACCUGUCCUGGGAGUGGAACCUGACCAUCAAGAAGGAUUGGAAGGACUAGGCCUCCCGUGCCAACCCCAGAGCCAAUCAGACCGUGGCUACGGUAGAACCCCCCUGUACCAAAGUGCUGACAUCGGAGCCCCUCCCUCCUUUUAAGUUGCCCAGAGCACUCUGCCCUACCCCGUCCCGAUCUCUCCCCAGAGAACCGCUGAACAGAACCCACCAGCCCCCAUGUCUGUCUCUGCCCCAGGCCGGAGGUGGGAGCUCCCCACCCUCCCAUCGCCCUGCUGCUGCUCCUGACAAACCCCAGGCAGGUGCGGAUGGGGAGGGAGGGCCCCUGCGUCCCAUGAGCAAGAGGCUUUUCCAAGUGCUGCUACUCAUGGGCCAGGGUUGUUGGUGCCUCCCCAGUGGCCAAGGAAAUCAUGAUGCCAAGCAGCCGUUGACCCCUCUGUGAGCUAAAAUCAUGUCUGUGGCCUGCCCGUCCUGCGCUGCUGCGUCCUGAGGAUGCCGGUGGCUCCAUCUGUGGCUGUCCCCUGCAACCAUGAUGCCUUAAUGUGUAACGUGCAUCCUCAAGGGAGGGGGUCCUGCUCUUGUUACACUUUUUAAACGCCUGCCCCAGUGUCUGUCUGCAUGAUGCCCUUGCCCGUCAUGCCCCGAGUCCCUCUUCAGGUGGCUCCUGGCUUGGACCCAUUCUCCUCCUAAGAUCCCCUCCAAGAGGGGGAGGCUGUUGGAGGUCCCAGAUGCUCCCAGCCAGCUGCCCCACGUUGUCCAGAGCAUGGCCCGGCAGAGGCUCCCAGGCCUGCUAGCACAGCGCUCUGCUCAGCCCUGCCCUGCCUGGUGCAGCCCCAGCCCCUCGGUGGGCCUGAAGGGGCAGCUGGACAGGCGCUGGUGCUGCUGUCACCUCCUACUUCCACUCCAGCCAGGAAGGGCUGCAGAGCUCAGAUGCCCCAGCAGCCUCUGCCCCUCUUGGUUUGGUUCCAGGCUGGAAGAUGGACUCGUCCCAUUCUGCAGCUGCUUCCAUAACUCAUGAGAGCCCCCAGCUUGCAAUGGACGCAGGUUCCAGAGUGGUGAAUGCCUUACGUAUCUGUUCUGCCUUUGAGACUCGUGCCUGGCCUGUCAGUAUUUAUUGCCUUGACAAGUAGACUCCUUUCCCCGCUCCCCUCUGUGUCCCAGAGCAGCUCCCCCCGGCCCCUUGCAGCACUGUCUCCAUCCCGACCACCCCCAGGCCCUGUGGCCAGGGGGCUCGUGCCCCCCGGCUACUGGACAGGCGCGUUCCAGCUCGCACCUCUCGCCGGGUGCUUUAACACAGAGGUUGUACCAGAACUGGGACCAAGUACGUGUGGUUUUCUCGUAGCUACAGUCUCCUGCCUCUAGCUCCUCCCCCUCCCUCUAGAGCUAGGUUUUGUUCAUUGGAUCUGGUGCAUCUUGUCUGUAAAUCCCUGACCCGGAUUAACAGGUUGGAAUUGUCAUCGGCUUCCCCUUUUAUGACAGUUAAAUAAAGCCUUCAAACUGAC